UUUUAGCAUCAUUACUCCAGUCACAUGAUCCUUCAGAAAUCAUUCUAAUAUUCUGAUUUGCUGCUCAAAAAAUUUUAUUAUUAUUAUUAUUACGUUGAAAACAGUUGAGUAGAAUUUUUUUUAGGUUUCUUUGAUGAAUAGAAUUUUCAGAAGAACGGCACUUAUCUGAAAUAUAAAUAUUUUGUAACAUAAAUGUCUUCAUCAUCACUUUUGAUCAGUUUAAAGCAUCCUUGCUAGAUAAAAGUAUUAAUUUCUAUCAUUUUUAUUGUUACAAAUGCUUUUCAGUUCAGAUAAAUGCUGAUCUUUGGAUCUUUCUGUUUGUCUUUGAAUCCUGAAAAAUGUGCUCAACUGUUUUAAAUUAAAUGUAUUGAUAAUAAUAAGAAGAAGAAAUGUUUUUUGAGCAGCAAAUCAGCAUAUUAGAAUGAUUUCUGAAGGAUCAUGUGACAUGGUGCUGAAAAUUUAGCUUUGAUCACAAGAAUAAAUUACAUUUUAAAUAUAUUCAAAUAGAAAGCAGUUAUUUUUAAUAGUAAAAAUAUUUCAAAAUUUUAUUGUUUUUUUUUUUUCUUACUUUGGAUGCAGGCCUGCUGAGCGGAAGAGACUUAUUUAAAAAAACAUUAAAAAUCUUACUGUUCAAAAACUUUUGACUGGUCCGCAGUCAAAUUACUUUUUUUUUUUUUGUAUUUUCACUUUAUUUUAAAUUUUAGUUUAAGUUUUAGAAAUUUAUGAGCUUUUGCCAUUUUAUUGUUUUUUUUUAAUAAUCAUACAUAGUGUCAUUUAAUUUAAGUAAUUUUAGUACUUUCACUAAAACCUAUUUCAGUUAGUUGCAAAAGCAACAUUUCUAUUUUUCAUUAGAUUUUCCUCUAAUGUUUGUAUUUUAUUUUCAGGUUUUUAAUAGUUUUGGUUUUAGGGGUAAGCAUGCAACUGCUUUUUAACCUUAAGUUCAUUUUCUUAUUGCCUUUAACAUUAUUUAAACCCUUUUUAAAAUAACUUUUGGAGGUGUUUGCAGGUCUAAAAUAUGUUUAAUAAAGAGGUGACAUUAGGACUGUAGGCCCUGAUUGUAUCAAAAGCAUGCUAUUUGUGCAAGUGGCUUCACAUCCAGAUCUUUACUGACAAAAAAAUACUUUAAACCAGCCUACGCUGGCUUCUUGGCCUGGCCAGGCUGAUUUCAAAGAAGUUUUGGGUACUUUUUAGCUGGUCAGAAUGAGUGGCUGGCUUCCAGACCAGUUAAACCAGCUCGGUCAGGAUGGUAGACCAAUUUUUAGUUUUCCAGCUGGUCGUUUUAGAAGCAAUAAUGUGUCUAUAAAUCAUGUGUAACGCUUUAAUGUAUUUGACCUUGAAAGGUUCGUUGAGUAACCUGACACAUUUGUAUCCCUCUCCGAAUCAUAACGGGAUAUUCAUUUUGUACCUCCCCUAGCGGAGACAAGGCGGAUUUACAAUGUCAAAAUAAAAAAGCAGGGAUGAACGCCAUGUCUGAUCCCGCUGUUGAGGGGUAGAGAGAGCGAAUACAGCGGGCGGACUUCGAGGAUUCGAGUCGGAGCGCGGAAGCAGGCUCGAUGUCGGAGAGCACGGGGAUUCCUCAGGGCUCCCCGGCGGUAGGCGCGGCGGGCUCGGCUCCGGCUGCGCCAGGAGUCGGUGGAACCGAGUGUUCAGGCGCUGCUGUCGGUUCUGCACGUAUCGCCGUCAAGAAGGCGCAGCUCCGCUCCUCCCCGCGUCCGAAGAAACUGGAGAAACUCGGCGUAUAUUCCUCGUGCAAGGCUGAAGGAGCUUGUAAGUGUAAUGGCUGGAAGAGUCAAAACCCACCACCAACUCCGCCCCCUCCAACCCCACCCAGAGCCGAGCAGCCAAUUGCUGUUAACUUAAUGGAGCCGUGCAGAAGCUGCAGCCAUGCCCUCGGUGACCAUGUAACACACCUGGAGAAUGUUUCGGAGGAGGAGAUGAACAGACUGCUUGGAAUUGUACUGGAUGUGGAGUACUUGUACACAUGUGUCCAUAAAGAAGAGGAUCCUGACACUAAACAAGUCUACUUCUCUCUCUUCAAAUUGCUACGGAAAUGCAUCCUGCAGAUGGGAAGGCCGGUGGUAGAAGCUCUGGAAAGCCCACCUUUUGAAAAACCAAGCAUUGAACAGGGUGUGAACAACUUUGUGCAGUACAAGUUUAGCCACCUACCAUCAAAGGAGAGGCAAACUAUUGUGGAGCUCGCGAAGAUGUUCCUCAACCAGAUCAACUACUGGCAGCUAGAGACACCCUCACAAAGGAGGCAAAGAGCACCUGAUGAUGAUGUGGCUGGUUAUAAAGUCAAUUACACCAGGUGGCUGUGUUAUUGUAACGUGCCCCAGUUUUGUGAUAGUCUCCCUCGGUAUGAGGCCACACAGAUUUUCGGCCGCACUUUCCUGCGCUCUGUAUUCACUGUAAUGAGGAAACAGCUGCUGGAACAGGCCCGGCAGGAGAAAGACAAACUACCACCUGAGAAACGCACACUCAUUCUCACACAUUUCCCAAAGUUUUUGUCUAUGCUUGAGGAAGAGGUUUAUAGUCAUAAUUCGCCCAUCUGGAGUGAAGACUUCAUGGUUCGAUUAUCAGGUGGACAGAUUCCCACCGUGAUCAGUGCUCCACCCGUGACCCGCCCCCUGUACUACAGCAGUAGUCCCGCCCCAAUGGAGCUGACUGGAGGAGGCAGCGUAAGCCCGGCCCGGAAAACAGCAUCCGCUUUGGAGCCCAUUCCAGGUGGAGAAAAGCGAAAGCCUUCUGAGCCAUUGUCUCAUGAGGACAGCAAACGACCCCGUGUGGUUGGUGACAUUCCUAUGGAAUUAAUUAAUGAAGUCAUGUCUACCAUUACAGACCCUACUGCCAUGCUGGGACCAGAGACCAGUCUUCUCUCAGCUCAUUCUGCACGUGACGAAGCAGCUCGAUUAGAGGAGAGACGCGGCGUCAUCGAGUUCCACGUCAUUGGAAACUCCCUCAACCAAAAGCCCAAUAAGAAGAUCCUCAUGUGGCUUGUUGGCCUGCAGAACGUCUUCUCACACCAGCUGCCCCGCAUGCCUAAAGAAUACAUCACACGCCUUGUCUUUGACCCGAAACACAAGACUCUCUCUUUGAUUAAAGAUGGCCGUGUUAUUGGGGGAAUCUGUUUCCGGAUGUUUCCAACUCAGGGCUUCACUGAGAUUGUGUUCUGUGCCGUCACCUCUAAUGAACAAGUCAAGGGUUAUGGAACUCACCUCAUGAAUCAUUUGAAGGAGUAUCACAUCAAGCACGAAAUUCUCAACUUUCUCACCUACGCUGAUGAAUACGCCAUUGGCUACUUCAAAAAGCAGGGAUUCUCUAAGGACAUUAAAGUGCCGAAAUCCAAGUAUGUGGGCUACAUUAAAGACUAUGAGGGGGCCACACUCAUGGGCUGUGAACUGAACCCCUGCAUCCCAUACACUGAGUUCUCUGUCAUCAUUAAGAAACAGAAAGAGAUCAUUAAGAAGCUUAUAGAGCGCAAGCAAGCACAAAUUCGGAAAGUCUACCCUGGUCUUUCCUGUUUCAAGGAGGGAGUUCGUCAGAUUGCCAUUGAGAGCAUUCCAGGAAUCCGUGAGACAGGCUGGAAGCCUUUAGGGAAGAGCAAAGAGCUGAAGGAUCCAGACCAGUUGUACAGCACCUUAAAGAACAUCUUACAGCAGGUCAAGUCACACCAGAAUGCAUGGCCCUUCAUGGAGCCUGUGAAGAAGAACGAGGCACCUGGUUAUUACCAAGUCAUCCGCUUCCCUAUGGACUUGAAGACGAUGAGCGAGCGUCUGAAGAGUCGGUACUAUACCACGCGGAAGCUGUUUAUGGCCGACAUGCAGAGGAUCUUCACUAACUGCCGAGAGUACAACCCUCCUGAGAGCGAGUACUACAAAUGUGCCAACCUACUAGAGAAAUUCUUCUACACCAAGAUCAAAGAGGCGGGCCUCAUCGACAAGUAAUCCAGCUAGGGGGCGCAAGUAGUCCGUUUCCCUUUCUACCUCUACUUCUCAGCAUUUAGCAUAUAGAUGUAACUCCUUUUUAUCCCCAUUGUUUUCACAUCAAAAGGAGUGUUAGCUAAAAUGAUGACGUUUAAAGGAAUAGUUCACCUAAAAAUGAACAUUGCAUCACUUGUUCACCAGUGAAUGGGUGCGGUCAGAAUUAGAGUUCAAAUAGCUGAUCAAAACAUCACAAUAUUCACUAUGUUCACUAAAGCUGUGCAUCAAUUGACCGACUGGAGUCGUGGAUUACUUGUGGAUUAUUAUGAUGGUUUCAUCCGUUGUUUGGACUCUGACGGCACCCAUUCACUGCAGAGGAUCCAUUGGUGAGCAAGUGAUGCUAAAUUUCUGAUGCAGAUAUGUUCUGAUGAAGAAACAAACUCUUCUAUAUCUUGGACUGGUGAUUAAAUUUUUUCAGGAAAUGUUUAUUUUUUGGGUGACCUGUUCCUUUAAAGAUCAAUCUUUGGGGUGUGAAUAUCCGCAUGACCGCCAUAUGUGAAAAGCCUUUUUCUUGUCUUAAAAAUUCCUUCUGCCAAAACUGCGGAACAAUUUUACGGUGCGUACGGCUGGAUGCAUUUGGCGUGCAUGUGUUCUUGCUAGUGUGUGUGUAUAUAAUAGUGAAAAAUCUGUUUAUAUGGAUCGAUUUUAUGAAAAACUGUAUAUUUUAUAUAGUAGCAAAGAAUGUGGCCUAGAACUCAACCAAGAAAAAUGACUCUAAUUACCUAAUGUUGUAUCCUCAAAUAGCACUUAUUUAUUAUUAAACCUAAAGAAAUGGUGAUAAA